AUGAAGAAGAUGCCUCCUGCCUCACAGGCGAAUGCUGCCGCCUUGCAGAUAGCGCGCAAGAGAACCUGUACACGUCCUACUUCGCCACCCAGUGCUGACUCUCCAUUGUCAAUGCUUCGCUCAUUGACCGUCGACUAUGAUUAUUUUGAGCGGCGAGCACUCAGAGCCGUAUGCAUCCAGAAAACACCCAUGGAUGACUUCCACCCCCAAGCCAGCGAGAUUAUUCCAGACCUCUUUGUAUGCGACAUAUACACCGCUACAUCUACCGCUGUCGUCCGUGGACUUGGCAUCACCCACAUCGCUUCAGUGCUCAAACACGACUGCCCCUGUUUUCCAGUUGAGAUGCGUCACAUCCACAUCCCUGUAGACGAUUCUCGAAAUGCGGAGCUCCUUGGUCACCUGGACUUCACUGCCGACUGGAUUACCCACGCGCUCGAACAUAAGGGCCGGGUUAUGGUGCAUUGUGUUUGGGGAAUGAGCCGGAGUGCAAGCAUUGCGAUCGCCUAUCUCAUGGUUGCCAGACACAUGUCCGUGGAUAAUGCUCUCAAACAUGUGGUUUCCCGAAGACAGAUUGUGCGGCCGAAUAGCGGUUUCUUACGACAGCUGAAGCUCUAUGAGCGCAUCCUCAAGGGCAGGGAGCAGCGAAGGACAGAUACGCAUGAACUUCUCGAAGAUGUGCCGUAA